ACUGGCUUUUGAUAUCAUUAAUGCUGAUUGGUUCUAUCGGGGAGGCAUCAGAAACGAAACCGGAACUGACAAUAGAUCCGUCUCUCAACCCUCUACUGACUCUAAUGGAUGCAGACAGACAAAAAAUGACUGAAGGCUUCAAUAAAUGCUUUGAACAAACUAACAGAGACCAGCUACACAACAGAACAGGUCCGUACUGUAAUCGAACGUGGGAUGGAUGGUUUUGCUGGGAUGACACCCCAGCUGGGACCUUCGCCUCUCAGAACUGCCCGGACUACCCAGGAUUUGACCCCACUGAAAAAGUGACAAAAUAUUGUGAUGAAGCUGGUAAUUGGUUCCGACAUCCUGCCAUUAAUAUAACCUGGUCCAACUGCAUUGCCUUCUCCAAGGACAAAUUAAAGAGAGUGACAACCCAGGGCUCCUCAGAAGCAAACGCAGAGCCCACAAUCGAAGCUCUCGUCAGUCCUGUCGUUACGCAGAAAGUGGAGGAAAGGAAAAAGAUUAUUGAUGGUCAAUAUAAAUGCUUUGAAAAAAUGAACAGAGAUCUGCCGUACAACAAGUCAGGUCCAUACUGCAAUCGAACCUGGGACGGGUGGCUGUGUUGGGACGACACGCCGGCAGGGACCUACACCUCUCAGAAUUGUCCAAAUUAUUUUCCAGAUUUUGACUCCACAGAAAAAGUCACAAAAUAUUGUGACGAGACAGGCAAUUGGUUCCGACACCCUGAGACCAACAGAACCUGGUCCAACUAUACCCUCUGUAUUGCCUAUACCACCGACAAAUUAAAGAUGGCGUAUAUUCUCUACUAUUUGGCUAUUGUGGGCCAUGCUUUGUCCAUCGCAUCUCUACUGAUUUCUCUAGCAAUAUUCUUUUACUUCAGGAGCCUGAGUUGCCAAAGGAUUACGCUACACAAGAAUUUGUUCUGCUCCUACGUAUUGAACUCUGCGUUUACCAUCGUGAACCUCAUUGCGGUCGUCAACAACCCCAAAGUUGUACAGAGGAACCCGGUCGGCUGCAAGGUGCUUCACUUCUUUCACAUGUACAUGUUGGGCUGCAACUACUUCUGGAUGCUGUGCGAGGGGAUCUACCUGCACACGCUCAUCGUGGUGGCUGUGUUCGCCGAGGAGCAGCACCUACACUGGUAUUACCUCCUAGGGUGGGGGUUUCCCUUGGUUCCUGCUUCCAUCCAUGCAGUUGCAAGGAAAAAAUACUUUGAUGACAAUUGCUGGAUGAGUGUGGACACCCAGUUGCUCUACAUUGUCCAUGGACCAAUCAUGGCAGCUUUAUUAGUGAAUUUGUUUUUCCUGCUAAACAUUGUGCGGGUGCUGGUGACCAAGCUGCGGGACACCCACAGAGCCGAGUCCAACAUGUACAUGAAGGCGGUCCGAGCCACACUUAUCCUGGUCCCCUUACUGGGGAUCCAGUUCAUCAUCCUGCCAUGGAGGCCCGAAAACAGGCUCGUGGGCGAGAUAUACGAGAUCACCAUGCAUAUAUUAAUGCACUAUCAGGGUUUGCUGGUGGCUACAAUAUUCUGCUUUUUCAACGGAGAGGUGCAGGCGGCCCUGAAGAGGCAGUGGAUGCAGUACAAAACGCAGUGGGGACAGCGGCGGAGAGAGCACUGCUCCAUGCGCUCCACCUCCUACACCGCCACCUCCAUCACAGAGGACCCCACUUUCCUCUACCACCACGACUGCAACAGUGAACACUUGAAUGGCAAAAAUUCAGACGACUCAGAACUGGUGGCGUUAAAGACGGGAGAGACGUACGCCUGA